AUGUCCUCGUCCGCCGGCAGCGGCCACCAGCCCAGCCAGAGCCGUGCCAUCCCCACCCGCACCGUGCCCAUCAGCGACGCCGCGCAGCUACCUCAUGACUAUUGCACCACGCCCGGGGGGACGCUCUUCUCCACCACACCGGGAGGAACCCGAAUCAUUUAUGAUCGAAAGUUUCUGUUGGAUCGUCGAAAUUCUCCCAUGGCUCAGACCCCACCCUGCCAUCUGCCCAAUAUCCCAGGAGUCACCAGCCCCGGCACCUUAAUCGAAGACUCCAAAGUAGAAGUAAACAAUUUGAACAACCUGAACAAUCAUGACAGAAAGCAUGCAGUUGGGGAUGAUGCUCAGUUUGAGAUGGACAUCUAACUGUCCUGCAGGGAUCAGAAGAAUAGCAGCAACGCUGAUACCUGUGUGUGUACCUGAUUUGGCCAAUAGGAUCAACAAUGAAAACACAGAAGAGGCAGUACCAGCAGUCCCCAUUGCAGUGCCCCCUCCUCUUCCUCUGGGUGCCAAAUGAUGCGAAGAUGAGCUUCAUCUGACUAUUUCCUCUUCCUGCUUCUGUUCCCUUUCCCACUUAGAUUAGAUUGAAGGCCCAUGGCGUAUUUCUGUAGAACUAAGCAGCCCACAAAGGAAAACAGUUGAAUUCUGGCUUCCUUAGUCAUUUUUGUAUUGAGACCUCCCCCUCCCCCCCAAUUAAAAAAAAAAAAUCCAAAAUCAGAUAUCAACCUACCAACAAUUGCUGGCUUCCAGGAAAGUCUGGGCAAGUGUUACAGAGGUUUGCUGGGUUCAGCAUUGUUCAUGCUCUUAUCCUGUGUCUCCUGCCUGUCUUCCACCCAUGGUUCAGUGCUACAACAGUCUGGUUUGGGGUCUUCAAAACCGGAGGGAAAUAAACAAGAAAAGAGCUGCUCUCUCUUGUCCCUUAAGGUGUUUGUCCCUGGGGCCAGCACAGGUUGUACAACUCUGGUAGUACGACCUGUGACACUGUUCUGAGGUCUGCUUCCCCUCCGUCCUCUGGGAGGAAUGCCUUCUGUCUUUGGUAUAAUAGUUUAUCUUUCCAUUCCUUUACUUAGCACAAGUGUGCAAGCAUUUUUAAACUCUACAUGAGGGGGUCGUCAGUAACCAGCUGUUCUUUCCUCCUCUCCUAUUCCUCCCUUCUUGCAUCAUGUUGCUUGCAGUCCUAUUGUACUCUGAGCAUCCACAUGAUUUCAGAGAUAGAGCACUUUGGAUAAGGCCUGAUCAUAGUACUUAGGCAUGAUUUUGGAAGAACCUUGGCCCAUUUGAGUCACUAGUCUUAGUUGUCAUUGUUUUUUUUAAUCCAAUGAGCAUUGUAAUAUUAUCGCAGGCUGCAGUUUUUUUAUAUUUUUAAAGAUGACUUCCAGAAUGCUCUUAGAAAAACUAAGUGUUUUUCCUUUGUGGACCUGCUUUAUUUGGCUGCCGAGAUAGAUAAGCAUGGGCUUCACAAUGUGUUCCUCCCCAUUUUCUUGCUUUCCCUUUGUACUCUGAAUUUCCCCUUUCUUUCCCUUCCUCUCUCUCUUUCCUUUUUCUCUGCCAGGCCAUGUUUCAAAUAUACAUCAAAGAUACCUCAGGUGUUGGUAUCUGAUAAUAUCUGUCACUCUUAUUUGAGAAGUGACCUUUUAUUUUUUAAGAUGACUACAGACCUAUUUUUAGAUAUGUUUUCAGUAAAUUCUGAACAGCAACUUUUUAAUCACAUCUUCCAGUGUUAGGAAGGUGAGAAAUGUCUGUAGGCAAGUCUGCUGUUCCAUGUCACCAUCCUUUGUCUCCUGCAGUCCCUUUCUUUCUCCUCCUAGUUUUGGGUGUGCAUGCUUGGCGUUUGUAGUGGGUGGGUGGUAAAGCUGGACCGUUCUGCCUUGUGGGUUGUUCAUGAAAGCCUCCUUCUUCUCCCUUACCCUUUGCUCUGUCAUUCCCUCUGCUCCCUAGCCACCCCCCUGACUACUGACUGGCACAGUAAUCCCAGGAGAGUGACUCAGUCCCUCUUAGAAAGACUAAUGCCUCUGUCCCCUCAUAGAAAGACAAGUAGCCUCUGAUAUCCUGGGAAUUUCUGGUUGGAUUUGGUGCCCUGAAUCAUCUAUUGAGAUCACAGCCCAGGGUGAGAGUAACGGGCCAGUUGGCUAAGAAAGAAAGCUGUUUGUUUUUCUUUUGAACUAUGAAAAGACCCUGUGUGCAAAUACAUCUUAGACAAAAGAGGGAGGAUGUCCAAGGAACUUUGUUCUGCUUUCUGCUAUAAAAUGUGAAUAGUUCACAAAGUGAAACCUUUUGUGAUGGUUGAUAUCUCAGGAAUAAGCUGGACCUCCAAAGUUUUGGAGAUGCUUUCAGUCUCAGAAGCUGAUGAUCAGAGAAGUAUUGUUUGUUUGUUUACUGUAUCCCUGUUCUGAUUUUAAUUAAACUCCAGAUUUCGCUUUACAUUCUCUUGGAAAUCUCAAGUUACACUGCCAUUUGCUUAAGAAGCUGGCUUAGGACAUCUUUGUCCCUGGAGCAUGAUUCUUUAGGAGUCAAGAUUUCGUUCUUCAUACCCUGGCCUUGGCGCCUGAGGAAUCCGACUCCAACUACAGCUGGCCGGGCUGUCAGUGAGCAGAAGAGUAUCCCCUCCCUGACCUUUAUUGUUGCUCAGAAACCUCAGCUGCCUCUCCGAGCAGUGGGGAAUGGAGCUAAAACAUGCCAGCUUGAGUAGUAUAAGAUACAGUUUUCCCCUUUGUUUGACAACUUGGGGGAGCUCUGCACGGGCCCCCUAAUUAGAAGCCGUGUUUCUAGUAUUCCUGGGAGUGUCGGCUGUAUAGUGCAACCGCAGCCCAGUCCCUUAGCCUCCUCUGCAAGGACUUCCUUACUGCUGGGGGAACUUCUUUCCUGGAGUCCACUGCCACUAGAAAUACUUUGACUUCAUUCAUGGUAUCUUAAAGAUGAUUUCACAAGGCAACAUCAAAUCCAACAGGGGACACCUUUGUGGCAAGCCUCCGAAUCGUUUUCAGGGCAGGCAGAAUCCAGCAGGUGGUUUACUUCUGGGUGUUUGAAAGGAAACCCAGAGAUAAAUCCCUGAAUGAACUAUCUAUCCGGACUUUUCCUUGGGGAGGGAACAUCCUUAGGGUACCAUUUGAGUGAAACAGUUCUUAAAAUCUUAGUGAUCAUUUGUAUUUUUCUUUUUAAGAGGAAACCGUGUUUCUGUACUUCUGGAGACAGUCCAUCUUAAUGACGAUGACCUCUUUCUCCAAAUUCCUGCAGGAGAUUGGCAUCGUCGUGGUUCUCCGUUCUUUUAUGGUGUGGUUUCUUUAGCUCACCACUUCCUCAUUCUGUGUAAAUACUUACCGAAUUCUCAGGAGCACAGAGCAGAGAAGCUGGCUUCUGGGCAUUAGGCUUCCAAGCCAAGCGUCUGUCCUUCCACUUCUGUUAUCUGUUGCUGCGUAACCCCCAAACUCAGACUCUUAAAAAGGCAAACAUCAUCUGCCAGUUUCUAUAGGUUUGGAACUUGGAACAGCUUAGCAUCGUGGGUCUGGCACGGGGGUCUUGGGAAGCUGCAGCCCAAGAUGUUGGCAGGGUCUGCAGUUGUCUGGGGCUGGAGAACCUACUUCUGAGCUCUCUCUUUGUGCUUGUUAGCAGGAUGCCUCAGUUUCUCCACAUGUGAGUCUCCGUGUAGAAUAUACUGAGUGUCCACACACCAUGGCCGCUGGCUUCCCCCUGAGAGAGUGAUCUGGGGGACGACGGGGCAGGGAGGAAUUUGCAGUGCCUUUUAUGACAGUCUUUGAAAGCACACACCUUCACUUCUUAUUCUGUUCCUUAGGAACAAGCCACUAAGCCCAGCCUGCACUCAAGGGGAGAAAUAGACCCCUACCUACUGUAUAGGGGAGUAUCAAAGGAUUUGUGGAUAUAUCUUCAAACCUCACCCCUAACAGGAUGAAACCAGGCCAAAAGGAGUGGGGGUUAGGUUUAAACUAGAUGAUAUAUUGAGAGAGAUGUUGCUACUGAGAACAGUUUUCUGAGAUGUGUUAUCACCAAACCGGGAUAGAAGACAGAUUAUUUCCUGAAAGCUACCUGCUAGUUUUGAGGGGUGGCAGGAAAUGGCAGCUCCCAGGAGAGCAUAAUGCGUAUACACUUGCUGGCUAACAGCAGCCCAAAGAUGCUACUUUGCAAGUCCCUAAAAAUUCAAUACCACUUACUUGCUAUCCCCUCUAGCCCGGAAUUGACCAAGGGAAUUGGGUCUGUGUAGCUGAUCCACUAAAGCUGACAAUCGGAGUUAGGGUUUCUAGCAAAGAGAGCAAAUGUGAAGUAGAUGUUGGAUUACUGAGCUGAAGGAAAGUAAUACAAGAACUCACCGUGUAUGGAUUUACACUCUGCCUCUUACCAGCAUUUUCUUAUCUGUAGCCCGGCUUGCUCUAGAGUUCAGAUUCAGGGUGAAAUAGAUGAUGGCAUCUGAACCAGGCCCACCAGAGUCGAUGCUUGACACCUGGUCUUCAGCUGUUCACCCAAGGGGCUACUUGUCAAAGUAGGGAACAUCUGGGAAUUAGAAAUGUUGCUUGAUUGUCCUUUCAGUUCAGUAUUACAGGUUAACUCGUGUGCCCACUUAGCCCAGGGCCUCUUGAUGGAAAUGGUUUUUUAAAGAGAACCAGUCUUGCCUUCACUCUUGCGAGAAACUUGGGUGAGGUUUGUCAGUUUGACGCAUUCUUAGGGAAUGUCUGCUGUGUGUGUGUGGCACCCAUGCCCGACCACGUUUAUAGAGGUUUCAGACAUCGCGAAGAUGCAAAUUCUCAUAUGGAUUUACACUCUGCCUCUUACCAACGUUUUCUUACCUGUAGCCCUGCUUGCUUUAGUGUAGGCUUGAAGAAAAGCAUUGCUACUGAGGCAGCUAUAAGAAACGGCUAUUUCUUCUUAAAGAAAGGAACUCAUCUUUAAGGCACCUUCAAAUUAAUUAUGCUUUUCCUUCUGAUUUUAAGGUGGAGUCAACCUAGACGGUAUUUUAUUUAUCAGCUCUUAGGGACUCUCAGAACUUACCUUCCCAGUUCAAACAUUUCCGUUAGGAUGUACCCGCUGGAUUUGUGUGGGUUUCAUCCCAGAGCCCAUCAUUUGCCAGUAUGUAUUGAGCAUAUGCUUUGAAUCAAGGCCACUGGUGCAAGGGGCUCAUCUUGGCAGUAAUAUCCCAGAAACUGAACCUUUUUCUAUUCUCCCAUCUUGGCUCCUCAGUGGGGUAUCGAGCACCUCGGCUGCUGAGCCAGGGCCCUCAGCCCCUUGUAUAUCUCUUUAAAGAGGAGGCCCAGUGCCUUUAUUUGGGUCAGAACUUUCCCUUCUUGGCAUGUUUCUGGUCUACAUGCAUACCGGCAGCUAUUGAUAAAUCUGCGAAAUUCAAUCACUCACCUGUGACCUCUGGGAGGGGAGUAGUACUUGUUUUAAAAAGGCAUUCUUUGGGAGGGCAGUUUCUGUCUGGACUAGAAGGGGGUGCAGUUAUCACACAUACUUCCUUCGCCCCAAAGUUCUUUACCUUUCAGCUUCCAAUAAAAGUUGAAAACAGAUUUGGAGGCAAUUCUUUAGAAUGCUUGUCACCCAGGGGGAUUUCCUGUUCUAGUAAUCAUUUUCCAGUUGAGUAUUGGAGUUUUCUUGAGGCAAGCUCCCAGAAAUUUUUUACUGAAGACUAAGGAUGAUUGAUACAUACCUAUUUUUUUUUUCAAACAAUCAUUCAUGUCACCUUUCUCAGCUUCUGGAAUGCACAUUUCUUUGUGCUGGUCCUGGAAGUUGAUACGUUUUGGGAAAGCUUAGAUUUAGGAGGUCUUUCAAGGUCUUGUUCACAUGGUCUGUGGUUUCUCUUUGCCUAAUCUCUGCCUGAAGCCCUGGCAGACCAUACUGUAGAUGCUGAUGGAAAAUAUUAUGAAGAUGAAAAUACAUUUUCGGGAGUAUUUAAACUCUUAACUCUGCCACCUUUCUAUGAGUGGGAGGCGGGCUGAGAGAUGCUGCAAUGCUUGAUAAUCAUUUAGCCAUGCUGAAAUUUGCAACGGGAACUCUUGUCGGUGCUUAAAACCAGAAUUCCUGGACACUUCAAACUUGGAGAAUUCCAUGAAUCUAGCACAGAAUAGCCAUACUUGCCCAUUGCCAUCCCUGUCUCUCCAUCUUAAUCUUUGAAAAGAAAAAAGAAAAAGGCAAAGCCCCAGCCAAGGGUAGUUUUUACUUGAAACCAGGAGAGUGCGGGAGGAACACUGUGGAGAUAAGGGGCAAGCUGUCCGCGGCAGCCAUCCUGCUCCUGCUGCGUGUCCAGAUCACUGACUACUGUGAGCCAGUGCCUUUCCUUCACCUGAAGAUGGAGCCCGUCUCCCUCCCUCGGUGAGGAGACCCUGUGCUACCCAGGGUAAACCUUCUAGAAGGUGGCUUAGAGAGCCCGGUGGACACUCACAUAUUCCGUGUCCAUUUUAAGCAUCUUUAAAAUAUUUUAGACAUUCAAAAAUGCCCUUCCCUGUCUUAGCGACACCAGUGGCCCAAUUCCAUCCAUUCUGAAUGGAAAGCAGAGACUGCCAGUUCUUCCUUUCAUCUUCCCUUCAUCCCCCUUGAUGUGGCUGACCCUGUCCCCUCAUCCAUUUCACUGUCAUGGAUGGAUGGCAGAGGGCACCAUGUGGUCCUGAGGCAGUCCCGGGUGACUCUGAUCAGUUGUUUUGGGUUUGGGUUUUUUUUUUUUUUUUUUUUUUUUGGUCUAAUUGUCCUUUCAAACCAGCAGGUGUUUGGAAAUUAGUGAAAAAAUAAAUUCUCACCAAUGGUUGCUGUUACAGUCAAAUCAAUAAAGAUCUUGGAUAUCAA